AUGAAGCUCGACGAUGCCUUGUGGGCACAUAGGACUGCUUAUAAGACACCCAUAGGCAUGUCACCGUAUGCGUUGGUAAUUGGAAAGGCUUGUCAUCUGCCGUUGGAACUAGGGUAUAAGGCGAUGUGGGCAGUUAAGAUGCUUAACUUUGAUCUUAAGGCUACAGGGGAAGAGAGAAAGCUUCAGCUACUGAAGCUGGACGAAUGGAGACUACAGGCGUAUGAGAAUGCCAAAAUUUACAAAGAAUGCACCAAGCGAUGGCAUGAUAAGCGCCUGUAUGAGAAAAAUCCUCAGGCUGGUCAAAGAGUAUUACUGCUCAAUUGGAGCAGUAGAAUUGACAAACGAAGAUGGGACCAAUGCAUUUAA